UUCUGUCUUUACCGAUUAGAUGAGUCACACUGGAAACUUUUCGAUCUGGAAAUAUUUCAGAAAAUUAGCAUUUUGCCAAAUUAUUUUUGCAAUAGGAGUGUUAUCUGCAUUUAUGGGUGUUUGACGAAAGAUUAUAUGACUCGGUUGUCAGUUAAUGAGUAAGCCUGAAAGUAUAACUCCGGCAAAUCGAAAGUUACAGGAACAGAAAAAAGGAGCCAUGGAGAUGCAGGAGAUCAACAUAGAGGGGGAGAGAAACGAGGAACAUGAAAGACAUGAGUCGAUGCUGGAGGUCAAAACUGAAGAAGAAGAAGAAACAGACCACUACUCUAAACUACAGAGGCCAGCUGAGGAUGUGUACUCAGAGGCUUCGAUUAAAACAAAAGCAGAUUCUAGCACCAGGUUGAUGUCUUCCUUCUCAGGCAAGCAGGCUGAUGGAAACACUCGUCUGUACCGUGCUGCGUGUUUAUUCCUCACCAUAAUCUGCCUGGCCCUGUUGCUGGCCGUCAUUUUCCUCACUUUGAAACUCCAAACUGGUUCCGCAGAAUGCCCAAAAAAAGUCGAGACCACAGCUGCAGACAAGAGUAAGCCUCUAAUUCAUCCUACGUGCAGCCUUGAGGAGUGCCAGGCUCUCUUCCCCGAGGUUCAACCCCAACGUCUCGGCUGUCAGCAGUGCGCUGAUGGUUGGCUGAGUUUCGAAAGGUCGUGUUUCUACCUGUCCACCUUCAGGCUCAGCUGGGAUGCAAGCCACAGGAACUGCAGCGAAAGAGGAGGAUCUCUGGCUGUUGUUAGCAGCCGGAGCAUUCAGAACUUUUUGACUGCUAAAGGGAAAAUGACGUACUGGAUCGGGCUGAGACAAAAAGGAGCCACAUGGAGCUGGGUCAACAACACUGUGCUCACGCAGAGUUACUGGGCAGACACCACAUCAGAGGGGAAUUGUGGGAUCCUCGACAGCAACAGCCCACCUGAGCAUAACUGGAUCAAAGCUCCAAAUAAUGCCUACACCUACUUCAUCUGUCAGCUGACGCUCCAACCGCAUCCGAUUGGUGAAUGAGCAAACCAGUUUUCAAUCAACAAGCAUCAACUCCUCCAUAACAUUUCAAACCAUCUAUCUUUCCACUUCACAUCUCAAUCAAUAGUAUCCUGCAAAGAAACACGAUGAAUCUUUUAAGAUUGUAGUUUUAUAUUUUAUGAUUAAAGAGAUGUUUAGUAAAACUAAACUUUAUAUAUUUUUUCUAUUUUCUUUUUGCACUGUGUUGCUGAAUUUGUAUUUCAAUAUUUCAGUUCUGCUUGUUCAAGCACUAAUCAGUGUACCUUACUGUGUAAUUUCGUGUAUUGCUGUUAUUACACAAAUAAAGGCCAGUAAAUUUG